AUGCAAAAAAUACAAACAGACAUAAAAUAAGGAAAAUAAGAAGACUAAACUUUAAAUGAAUAAUGUGAAAUCUGUUAUACAGAAAUUAAAAUAAAAGGUCUACUAGCUAAAUGCAAACAUUACUUUUGUUUUAAUUGUGUUUUGAAAUGGACUAAAAAAUAGAAAUCUUGUCCUAAAUGUAGGUCUUAAGUUACUAAAAUAUGUAAAUCGUGGAAAAGGAAAACUAACCGUCCUUUAAGUAAGUUUUUUAUAAAAUAACUAUAGUUAUCUACUUAUCUAAUUCUGAAUCAGAUAACAGUGAUUCAGAUCAAGAUUAUAUUCCUAUAGAUACUUUAGUUGGAAAAUAUGGGCCUGAAGACUUUAUUUGA